AUGGCUCCAGACGUACGCACUUUCACCCUCAACACGGGUGAUGAAAUGCCUGCCGUCGGUUUUGGCACAUGGGGCAUCCCCCGCAGACAAACCGCACAAGCUGUAGAAACAGCCCUCCGUGCUGGCUACCGUCAUAUCGACACAGCACUCGCCUAUGGCAACGAACGCGAAGUAGGAGCCGGAAUCCGCGCUUCUGGUGUCCCCCGUAAAGAUAUUUGGGUAUCAGGCAAGCUCCGAAACAACUGGCACAAGCACGUCCCACAAUGUCUUGAAAAGAGUCUGAAUAAUCUCGGCGUGGGAUAUCUUGACUUGUACUUGAUUCACUGGCCCUGUUCCAGAGACGCAGACAACCCGGCGGUCUGUUAUGAGGAUUGGGACUUCAUUGAUGCAUGGAUGGAGAUGGAGGGAUUGCUGCACGAGGGCAAGGUCAUGAACAUUGGCGUGUCCAACUUUGGGAUUCGACAGUUGGACAAGUUGUUGGAAAGCUGUUGGACUGAAAUUGUGCCCGCAGUCAAUCAGAUCGAGCUUCACCCUUGCAACCCAUCGCCCAAGCUUGUAGCAUACUGCGCCUCGCACGAUAUCCAUACCGAAGGAUAUUCAUGCCUGGGAUCUGGUAGCUCAGCCCUGUACCGUAACAAGACCUUGGUUGACAUCGCCGACGCGAAUGAGAAGACAGUACAGCAGGUGUUGCUCCAGUGGGGCAUAGAGAAGGGCUGGGGCGUGGUUUGCAAGAGUGUGACUCCCUCCAGAAUCAAGUCCAACUUGGAAUUGGGUGGAUGGGAGCUGACAGACGACGAGAUGGAGGAUAUAGAUGGCAUCAAAGAGCGGUUCAAGGUCGUCAGCGAUGGGUUUCUGCCGAUCAAAGUGUUCUUUGGAGAUGAUGAGUAA